AUGGCGGCCAAGCGAGCGGCAGGACUCGCGCCAAACUGGUCCGCGCUCCCGAUGGACGUCAUGUACAGAGUCGUCGGCCGCCUCCCCGUCGGCGUCGACCGUCUCCGCGCCGCCAAAGUCUGCCGCCAAUGGCGCGCCGCAGUGCGGCGACGGAGGCGAAGGCACGGCAACGGGCCCGUGGUGUACCUCGCGCUCGUGGACGGGAAGGUGUUCAGCUUCCCGGGCGCGAAGCCCGCGCGUCCAUCUCGCUGCCCGGGCUACCUCGGCGUGUGCAACGACCAGCUUCUCUUCGAGGAUAGAGAGUACUGCUGCUACCGUCUGGUGAGCCCUUUCACCGGCAGGGCGACGGCUCUCCCUAACCUGUCCUCCAUCCGGGACGAGCAGAUGAGUCCGGAUAUGUCCAUCCGUAAGAUGAUCGUGCGCCCGGACGGCCUGAUCGCCGCCAUCGUCGGCCGCGAGCACUUCGCCAAGGUCGCGCUCUGCUCGCUGGAGCACUUCUCGUGGUCCGUCGGCGCGGGCGACCAAUGGCGGUGGUACGAGGACAUGGUGUACCACGAUGGGAAGCUGUACGCGCUCGUCGCCAACGGUGGGGACCUCCUCGCGUUCGACCUGGGCUACGAGGACAACGGGGAGGCCAUGAUCUCCGGAGUCAAGACCGUCAUCACCGGCAGUGGCUACAGCGGCCUGCGGGGAAUGCGCUACCUCGUCAAAUCACGCAGCGGCGAGCUUCUCAUGGUCAACAAGAUCAUGAACGGCGCCGAGAAUCCGUACGCUUUCGAGUUGUACAAGGCGGUUCUCCAGUCGUGGGGGUCGAGCUGGGAGCGGGUGACCCCCCUGGACUGCGAUGAGGCGCUCUUCGUCGGCCGGCUGAGCUCGCGGGCCGUGCACGCCGACCGUGAAGGAUUUGAGGGCUAUCAGAUCUUCUUCCUUGAUGAUACGGUUGGGAUGUCGUCCCGGACGUCGGCGCCGUGGGUGCAGCCUUCGCAUCACGCAGGCGUGUAUGACAUGCUGACCGGGAAUAUUACCAAGCUCCUGCCGCGGGAGUCGACGAAGAACGAAGGUCCGUCGCCGGCCACAUGGCUCUUCCCUGAGGACUCCGACGACGACGAUGAGUGA